AUGGCGCGACGCAUUGAUGUUCAUCACCACUAUAUCCCCCCGGCAUACUUGCAAGCCCUUGAUAAAACUGGCGGGGACCCUUCCGGAUGGCCGACGCCAGCUUGGAACAUUGACGCCGAUCAAAAGAUCUGCCAGGACUGCGACAUUGAAACAGCAAUUGUAUCCGUUACUGCUCCAGGUACCAGUAUCCUCAAGGGAGUUGAGUCUGCCCGUCUCGCCAGAGAAUGCAAUGAGUUUGGCAGAUCCCUGAGGGACAAAUAUCCUAAGAACUAUGGCUUCUUUGCUGCACUCCCGGAUAUCCUUGAUACCGAUGCAGCUUUAGAGGAAAUUCGAUAUGCGUUUGAUGAACUCCAAGCCGAUGGAGUAACUCUCUUUACCCGCUAUGGUGAUGGUAACUACUAUUUGGGCCUUCCGAAGAUCCAGCCUAUUUGGGAGGAGCUAGAUCGGCGUGCCGCAGUGGUAUUUAUCCACCCUACUCAUCCAGUUGAUACCAACCUCGUCAACAAAGUGCUUCCCCAACCUAUGAUUGACUAUCCGCAUGAGACAACCCGCACAGCUGUGGAUAUUAUCACUACCGACACUGUUCGCAAGUACGGUCAUUGCAAGAUCAUCUUGUCCCACGCUGGCGGUAAUCUCCCGUGGCUGGCUAGGCGUCCAGCGAUCAUGUUGAAAGACCUCGGACUUUCUGAUAUGACGCCUGAACAUUUUAUAGAGAAUGCGCGCAUGUUCUAUUUUGACUUGGCACUGACGGAUUCUACGUUUGCUUUGCCUCUGCUACAGCAGUUCGCUCCCCCAGACCAUAUUCUUUUCGGAAGCGACUUCCCUUAUGCCCCUGAGGCAACGGUGGGACGUUUUAGCAGGGAGCUGGAUGAAGCUACGCUGUCGAAGCAGGCAGAAGAGGGGAUCAGCCGUGGCAAUGCCCUCAGACUAUUCCCUCGUCUUGCUUCCUAG